AUGGCAGUCAGCCAAGCCGAGAGGGGAACAACCCUUUCUACAACGGCCACCCGGUUCAAUCCAGAAGUCAAGUUUAAGAAAAACGGACUCAGACCAAUUUUGAGACCUGUUCACGAGGAAACAGGCGUUUUGGCCGGAGUAGCGGACAUGCUGGUCCCAACAAACAAAACAACAGCCACCCAGUUUCGUCCAAAAUUUAUACUCCUUGCCACAUCAUAUGCCGAUGCUAAAAGAUCAAAAGGUUCAAAGUCAAAGACACCAAACUCAAAGACAUCAAACUCAAAGACAUACAAUAAAAACUGCAAGGGACUUGAUAGAGUAGAUAUUGAUGAAUGUUUAGCAACGUCCCCAUGCUCAGGUCCAACGGCAGGUUGUGUGAACUUUGAAGGGUCUUACUCAUGCACCUGUGCCUCCGGCUGGCAGACGAACGUAUGUGUCGAUGUCAUUGAUUGCCCAGAUGCUUGUCAAGGCCCGUCUUCCACUUGUGUUGACUUUCCGCUUGGGAGUUUUACUUGCAACUGUUCAGAUCCUGGUUACGAGCUAGCUGAAAAUAAAACAACAUGUAUAGAUAUUGAUGAAUGUUUAGUGACGUCUCCAUGUAUAGGUCCAACGGCAGGUUGUGUGAACUCUGAAGGGUCUUACUCGUGCACUUGUGCCUCUGGCUGGCAGGUGAACAAUGAUGAAUGUAUCGAUGAAGUGGAUUGCCCAGAUGCUUGUCAAGGCCCGUCAUCCACUUGUGUUGACCUUCCACUUGGGAGUUUUACUUGCAACUGUUCUGAUCCUGGUUACAAGCUAGCUGAUAAUGAAACAACAUGCAUAGAUAUUGAUGAAUGUUUAACGACGUUCCCAUGCACAGGUCCAACGGCAGGCUGUGUGAACUCUGAAGGGUCUUACUCAUGCACCUGUGCCUCCGGCUGGCAAUUGAACAGUAAUGAAUGUGUCGAUGUUGUGGAUUGCCCAGAUGCUUGUCAAGGCCAGUCAUCAACUUGUGUUGAUUUUCCACCUGGGAGUUUUACUUGCAACUGUUCUGAUACUGGUUACGAGCUAGCUGAUAAUAAAACAACAUGCAUAGAUAUUGAUGAAUGUUUAGGGACGUCCCCAUGCACAGGUCCAACGGCAGGUUGUGUGAACUCUGAAGGGUCUUACUCAUGCACUUGUGGUUCCGGCUGGCAGCUGAACAUUGACGAAUGUGUCGAUGUCGUGGAUUGCCCAGAAUCUUGUCAAGGCCCGUCAUCCACUUGUGCUGACCUUCCACUCGGGAGUUUUACUUGCAACUGUUCUGAUCCUGGGUUCGAGCUAGAUGAAAAUGAAACAACAUGCAUAGAUGUCGUGGAUUGCCCAGAUGCUUGUCAAGGCCCUUCAUCCACUUGUGUUGACUUUCCGUUUGGGAGUUUUACUUGCAACUGUUCUGAUCCUGGUUACGAGCUUACUGAAAAUGAAACAGUAUGCAUAGAUAUUGAUGAGUGUUUAGCGACGUCCCCAUGCACAGGUCCAACAGCAGAAUGUGUGAACUCUGAAGGGUCUUACUCAUGCACUUGUGGUUCCGGCUGGCAGCUGAACAGUGACGAAUGUGUCGAUGUCGUGGAUUGCCCAGACGCAUGUCAAGGCCCGUCGUCCACUUGUGUUGACCUUCCACUUGGGAGUUUUACUUGCAACUGUUCUGAUCCUGGUUACAAGCUAGCUGAUAAUGAAACAGCAUGCAUAGAUAUUGAUGAAUGUUUAACGACGUUCCCAUGCACAGGUCCAACGGCAGGCUGUGUGAACUCUGAAGGGUCUUACUCAUGCACCUGUGCCUCCGGCUGGCAAGUGAACAGUGAUGAAUGUGCCGAUGUUGUGGAUUGCCCCGAUGCUUGUCAAGGCCCGUCAUCAACUUGUGUUGAUUUUCCGCCUGGGAGUUUUACUUGCAACUGUUCUGAUACUGGUUACGAGCUAGCUGAUAAUAAAACAACAUGCAUAGAUAUUGAUGAAUGUUUAGGGACGUCCCCAUGCACAGGUCCAACGGCAGGUUGUGUGAACUCUGAAGGGUCUUACUCAUGCACUUGUGGUUCCGGCUGGCAGCCGAACAAUGACGAAUGUGUCGAUGUCGUGGAUUGCCCAGAUGCUUGUCAAGGCCCUUCAUCCACUUGUGUUGACUUUCCGUUUGGGAGUUUUACUUGCAACUGUUCUGAUCCUGGUUACGAACUAACUGAAAAUGAAACAGUAUGCAUAGAUAUUGAUGAGUGUUUAGCGACGUCCCCAUGCACAGGUCCAACGGCAGAAUGUGUGAACUCUGAAGGGUCUUACUCAUGCACUUGUGGUUCCGGCUGGCAGCUAAACAAUGACGAAUGUGUCGAUGCCGUGGAUUGCCCAGAUGCUUGUCAUGGUCCGACAUCCACUUGUCUUGAUUUUCCGCCUGGGAGUUUUACUUGCAACUGUUCUGAUACUGGUUACGACCUAGCUGAUAAUGAAACAUCAUGCAUAGAUAUUGAUGAAUGUUUAACAACGUCCCCAUGCACAGGUCCAACGGCAGGUUGUGUGAACUCUGAAGGGUCUUACUCAUGCACUUGUGCCUCCGGCUGGCAGGUGAACAAUGACACAUGUGUCGAUGUCGUAGAUUGCCCUUAUGCUUGUCAAGGCCCAUCAUCCACUUGUGUUGACUUUCCACCUGGGAAUUUUACCUGCAACUGUUCUGAUGCUGGUUUCGAGCUAGGUAGAAAUAAAACAACAUGCAUAGAUAUUGAUGAAUGUUUAACGACGUCCCCAUGCACAGGUCCAACGGCAGGUUGUGUGAACUCUGAAGGGUCUUAUGCAUGCACUUGUGCCUCCGGCUGGCAGUUGAACAAUGACGAAUGUGUCGAUAUCGUGGAUUGCCCAGAUUCUUGUCAAGGCCCGACAUCCACUUGUGUUGACAUUCCACUGGGGAGUUUUACUUGCAACUGUUCAGGUCCUGGUUACAAGCUAGCUGAUAAUGCAACAAUAUGCAUAGAUAUUGAUGAAUGUUUAAUGACGUCCCCAUGCACAGGUCCAACGGCAGGUUGUGUGAACUCUGAAGGGUCUUACUCUUGCACUUGUACCUCCGGCUGGCAAGUGAACAAUGACACAUGUGUCGAUGUAGAGGAUUGCCCAGAUGCUUGUCAAGGUCCGUCAUCCACUUGUGUUGACUUUCCACCUGGGAGUUUUACUUGCAACUGUUCUGAUCCUGGUUACGAGCUAGAUUAUAAUGAAACAACAUGCAUAGAUAUAAAUGAAUGUUUAACGACGUCUCCAUGCACAGGUCCAACAGCAGAUUGUGUGAACGCUGAAGGGUCUUACUCAUGCACUUGUGACUCCGGCUGGCAGGUGAACAAUGACACAUGUGUCGGUAUCAUCGAGAGCCAAGGUGCUAAAACAGAUUGCAACCCAUCUAUAUUGAUCUAA